AUGAAUGGCACCGACUUGAAAAAAGCCGCCAUCAGCCAGGCCAAGAAGGUUGCGACCACUGCGGCCCUCGCCGCAAGCAGCAACGGUCAGAAGAAACGGCGGAAAGGCGAUAACCUCAAACCGAUCAUCACAACCGAGAACGCGUCUUCCAGCCUCCAUGAGAGCCCCACGCAAGCAGAGCCAGAAUCCUUGUCAUCCUCCUCAUCCUCGGAAGAAGAUCCCGCCGAAACCACCGCCGACGAAGAAGAUUCGGAAGAUUAUUGCAAGGGCGGAUAUCAUCCUGUACACAUCGGCGAAACAUACAAUAACGGCAGAUAUGUUGUUGUGCGAAAGCUAGGAUGGGGUCACUUUUCCACAGUGUGGUUGUCAAGGGACACUACCACCGGCAAACACGUUGCGCUCAAGGUUGUUAGAUCGGCUGCGCACUACACAGAGACGGCCAUAGAUGAGAUCAAACUGCUAAACCGGGUCAACCAAGCGAAUCCGAACCAUCCUGGCCGGCGCUACGUCGUCAGUCUUCUCGAUUCCUUCGAGCAUAAAGGUCCGAACGGUGUCCACGUAUGUAUGGUUUUUGAAGUGCUGGGCGAGAAUCUGUUGGGAUUAAUCAAAAGAUGGAACCACCGAGGCAUCCCCAUGCCCUUGGUGAAACAAAUCACUAAGCAGGUGCUUCUGGGUCUGGACUACCUGCAUCGUGAAUGCGGCAUCAUUCACACGGAUCUGAAGCCCGAAAACGUGCUCAUCGAGAUUGGCGAUGUCGAACAGAUUGUCAAGGCAUUCGUGAAGGACGAAAAAGAAUCAUCCAAAGACGAUAAUAGAAACGGUCGGAGGCGGAGACGAACAUUGAUCACCGGCAGUCAACCCUUACCAAGUCCUCUCAAUGCCAGCUUCACAAGCCUGGAUAAAAUUGGGAAUACACACCAGCCAAGUAGUCUGAAUCAAGUCAUGAACGAGUCUGCUGUCAACAAACCGGCAGAAGGACUCUCCAUGCUCGAACAGCUAAAGCUGAAAUCGAAGGAAAGUAAACCGGGCGAGGAGCAUCCGGCUAACGAUAAAGGGAGAGAAGGGACAACAGACCCACUCGAGAAGGAUCUGGCCGGGGUGUCUCUCGACAACAAAAAGAGCAGUGAGGUGGAAAAAGUGCUGAAAGCCGCGAAACACGAAGAUGAACCGGCGGAGGGCAUAAUUUCGGUCAAGAUAGCAGAUCUUGGAAAUGCCUGCUGGGUGAGCCAUCACUUCACGAACGACAUCCAAACUCGACAGUAUCGGUCGCCGGAGGUCAUCCUCGGUGCAAAAUGGGGCGCCAGCACGGAUGUCUGGAGUAUGGCGUGCAUGGUAUUUGAACUGAUCACGGGUGACUACCUAUUCGAUCCACAAUCGGGGACGAAAUACGGCAAAGAUGACGAUCAUAUUGCACAAAUCAUUGAGCUCCUGGGUCCAUUCCCGAAGUCGUUAUGUCUUCAAGGCAAAUGGUCGCAGGAGAUUUUCAACCGAAAAGGCGAGCUUCGAAAUAUCCAUCGCCUGCGACAUUGGGCGCUCCCCGACGUCCUACGGGAAAAAUAUCAUUUCUCAGUUGAGGAUUCGAAGAGAAUCAGCGAGUUUCUGCUUCCCCUAUUGGAGUUGCCCCCCGAGGCGCGUGCAAACGCUGGUGGGAUGUCGAAUGCGGAAUUCCUCAAGGGGACAAAAGGCAUGGAAACCAUCAACCUGAAUGUCCCCGUUGGGAGCAAAGGCGAGGGAAUUGAAGGUUGGGCAAUAGAAGUGAAGAAGCGGUGA